AUGGUCUCCAACCCAAGAAAGACCGAUGCGGACGCAUCGACGCCACCCUCGACUGGCACUUAUGAUCCCCACGAAUUACCGGAUUACGAGACCGAAUUUGUUCGACACGGAGAUCUGGAAAGUUUUGCUGAAGCCCUGAUCGCUCCCAGCACCGAGCCCGUAACAGCUCUGAAUGAUUGGGGCCCGGUUCAUCAGCGUGUGAAAAGAAACCGAGUCCGCCGGAAAGCUACGCGGCGAUCCAAGGAUGAAACUCGGGAAGGCGUCGUUUACACAAUCCUGUACUAUCCAUUGCUGCUCAUCGUCUCUGGCUGGAUAGUUUUUCUCUUCAUCAUUUACAAUCUAACCCGUCUCUACAUUUACGUAUACGAGCAUGUGUUUUCGUGGACAGGGGAACGCGAGAGACUGCGCAGGCAACUUCACCGAGCGACCAAUUACAACGAAUGGCAGGAGGCCGCCCAUCGCUUGGACCAAUAUCUUGGGAAUGAAGAGUGGAAGCGCUCCGAAUCCUACUCGUAUUAUGACCAUCAAACGGUGAGAAAGGUCACCGCCCAACUGGCUGAGCUCCAUCAAAAGGCCGUAGCCGAGUCCGAAAGAGGUCGCGGCGGAAAUGGUGGCCUCGUGGCUCUGGAUGAACUAAAAGCAUUGCUCGAGAGUUGUCUCAAGAACAAUUUCGUCGGCGUGGAGAAUCCCCAUCUGUACAGUGAGACGUACAUCGGCACAAAGGAUUUGAUUCAGACCUUCGUCGAUCAAGUUGAGCUGAGCCUUCGAUUCGUUCUUGGCACUAAAAGCAUGACCGAUAGGGAAAAGGUAUCUUUCUUCAGACAUCUGGAGUUGAACUAUGGACGGACUGCGCUUUGCCUUUCUGGGGGGGCGACGUUUGCUUAUUACCAUUUCGGUGUCGUCAAAGCCCUACUUGAUACCGGUCAGCUUCCGGAGAUCAUCACCGGUACGUCUGGCGGCGCUCUGGUCGCGGCAUUGGUGGCCACCAGAACAGACGAGGAAUUGAAGAAACUGCUAGUGCCGGCAUUGGCGUAUCGGAUCAGAGCCUGUCACGAAGGGUUCACGACGUGGAUUCGCAGGUGGUGGCGUACUGGUGCGAGAUUUGACUCUCUCGAUUGGGCACUGCAAUGCAGCUGGUUUUGCCGUGGCUCAUUGACCUUUCGAGAAGCAUACCAGAGAACUGGCCGCAUCCUCAAUGUCUCAUGCGUGCCCUCCGACCCUCAUUCCCCGACAAUCUUGAACAACCACAUCACGAGCCCUGACUGCGUCAUAUGGUCGGCGGUCCUUGCGUCUGCGGCUGUCCCUGGGAUCCUCAACCCCAUCGUCCUAAUGCGGAAGACGAAGGACGGGACACUAGUGCCUUACUCAUUUGGCAACAAGUGGAAAGACGGAAGCUUGCGAACCGAUAUUCCGUUGAAAGCGCUCAACAUCCACUUCAACGUCAACUUCUCCAUUGUUUCACAAGUCAACCCGCACAUCAAUCUGUUCUUCUUUUCACCGCGGGGCUCGCCAGGUCGGCCAGUGACACACCGCAAAGGCCGAGGCUGGCGCGGAGGAUUUCUCGGAUCCACUAUUGAGACCUCGGUCAAGCUCGAUCUACAAAAGUAUCUCAAGAUUCUGCGUCACCUAGAACUGCUACCUCGACCAAUGGGCCAGGAUUGGAGUGAGAUUUGGCUGCAGCGAUUCGACGGUACAGUGACCAUCUGGCCCAAGACCAUCGCCAGCGACUACUGGCACAUCCUCAGUGACCCCAGCCCGCAACGGCUGGAUCGAAUGCUCAUGGUCGGUCAGCGCAGCUGCUGGCCGAAGAUCCGUUUUAUCUCCAAUCGCCUGAAGAUCGAAAGAGUCAUCUUGGAGGGCCUGCGAAAGGGAGGCCCGAUUGACGACGGCGCGCGUGUUCCUGACCCUGUUCUCGAACAACAGGCGCAGGAGGCGCUCCUCCGGGCCAGGAGGCGACCUGGCACGGAUGACAAUACCUCGUCCACGGAAGAGAAACAUCUCAAACCAACCCCUUCACCAGGGCGGAGGCAGAGCAGUAUACUUGAGGAACUUACGCGACAGGCAUCCGUGCUGUGGCAUGACGACACGGUCACUGAAGGAGAGGAUGAUGCCGUGACGACUGAUGAGGCCGAGGGCGAGGAUGGUGUGGUGCAGGCUCCGGUGGAAAUGACAUGA